GUGAAAUUCUACUUUCAAGAAGAAGAGUGUCAACAGUAGAUCUUUAUCAUUGAAUAUGGGAAUACCAGGAGAAGAUCUCCUGGCCUUUUUGCUGGGUCUAAUCUUCUUCUAAUGGCAAUUUGCAUAUCCAUCUCUAUAGAGAUGGGGUCAGCGUGGUGGCCCAAUAUAUGUUCUCCCGGUGAUACAUAUACAGAGAGGGGCUAUAAAGAUAAUUCCAAAGGGUGCGAAAGCACCUUCGCCGAUGAUUGGUGCAGCAGUAUAUGUUCCAGUAUCGAGAGAUCAGUGGCCAAAAAGAAUUGUCAAGAACCAUUCCCUAACAAGCUGAAUGUUCAAUGCUGCUGUAAGGAACCAACACCUGCACCCGGCUCUCCACCAUCGCCAUCUCUUCCUCCAGCUUCACCAUCUCCUCCACUACCUCCCGGGCCUUGGCCGGAAGUGGAUAAUAGGAAAAUAUGUUCAAGUGGACAAGAAUAUGUCCAGUUUCCACAUGCGAAUAUCACAGAUUGCGUUCUUAAACCUCAAUGUGAGAUCAAAUGUAAAGAAAAACGUUUUUCCAAUAGAGGGUCACAGUGCAUAGGAGGCGUUAGAAACACUACGAUGGAGAGCCGCUUGUAUUAUGUGUUAGAGCAGUGUUGUUGUGGUAACUUACACCCACCUCCACCACCGCCAUCACCUUCACCUCCUCCACCGCCACCUCCACCUCCAUCACCACUCCCUCCACCACCAUAUUCACCUCCAUGUCCAUCAUGUCCACCUCCAGAGAAUACAUGUGAUAUCAAGAACAUGUACGUAGCAUUCCAUCUUCUAUCGAAUGAUUGCAAUCUUUGUGUAGAUCGUUGUAAGAAAAAAUGUUUGAAACUAGAUAGUGAACUGGAAUCAGAAUGUUGCAUGAUUGGAUCAUCUUCGAUCCAUUGCAGGUGUUGUUGUGGAAACAACACACCGAUACUAUCUUCACCUCUAGCUGUGGGAAGGUUACUAUCAUUCAUCACAGAGUAAUUAACAAAUUUAGAGAAACGUAUUUCGUGCUAAACUACUAUAGUCAGUUAAUUACUAUUCUUAAUUAUCCGGAUUUUGUAUGCGUGGUUGUUUAGUUCAUCGUGCAAAUCGCAUCGCUGACUUAAGUUUAGGCCAAGAAGAAAGAAAAAGUAGAGGUUGGUUGGCUGCGGAGCCUGAGCUUGUUUUUUACCUUUGUACUAGUGCAAUUUCCUCAUUUAAUAAGAUUUGCUUUGGUAAUUCUGUUGAUUAUUGGUUAUUGCCUAAUGACAUGUGUGAAAAUGUCUACAGAGAGCAAUUCUCAUUCUUAUAUUUUAGU